AUUAAGAAAUCUGAGCCCAGUGUAAAACCCUUGGUUAAGGAAUAGUUGAGAGAUUUGCACAUACAGAUAUCAAGGAUCUGUAAAGCUUUGAAGUUCAUCUCUAAAGUAGUAAGACUUCUUCAGGCUUUAUCACCUCCGCUUGAACCCCAUGUCGGAGACUAUGUUGGCAGAACAAACCCAGAAGUGGUUCCCCACUCAUGUACAGGUCACGGUCCUUCAGGCCAAAGGCUUAAAGCCGAAGGGCAAAGGUGGUACUAAUGAUACAUAUACGAUCAUACAAUUGGGAAAGGAGAAGUACUCCACCUCAGUGGCAGAGAAGACCCUGGACCCUGUGUGGAAAGAAGAGGCCUCAUUUGAAUUACCUGGAUUGCUGAUGGAAGGAAAUUCAGAAAAAUACAUUCUCUGCUUGAUAGUCAUGCACAGGUCCCUUGUUGGCCUUGAUAAAUUUCUGGGACAAGUGGCAAUAAAUCUGAAUGAUAUCUUUGAAGACAAGCUAAGAAGAAAAACAGAGUGGUUUAACUUAGAAUCUAAACAAGGAAAAAGAACGAAAGACAGAGGAGAGAUAAAGGUCAAUAUUCAGUUUAUGAGGAACAACAUGACAGCAAGUAUGUUUGAUCUAUCUAUGAAAGACAAAACUAAAUCUCCUUUUGCUAAACUGAAGGACAAAAUGAAGGGACGCAAGACUGAUGGGACCCUUUUGGAUACAUCUUCUGCAAUCAUUCCAAGCACUCACACUCCAGAAACGAGUGCUGUAACUUCCCUUAGUGAAAUACAGUUAAAAUCAAAACCAAAAAAGCCUUUUCUUUUGGGACCUCAACGACUAUCAUCAGCUCAUUCAAUGUCUGAUUUAACUGGACCUCAAGUGUCCUCGGAAAAAAUUAAAUCAGGCACAGUUGGAAAUCCAUACUUCUUCAGACGUCAGCUAGAAUCUGUUGGUUCUGUGGAUGAAAGUGGAAAUCUAAAAUCUCCACACAGACGGACACUAAGUGCAGAUACAACUAAAGUGAAUCGUCUUGACAACACAGCUGAUGACAGUGAGUCUGCUUUUGGAGUGCAGAAUGACCCUUUUACAAAUGUGAGUGCUUCAUUGCCUCAGAAAUUUGCAACACUGCCAAGACAGAAGAAUCCAUUUGAAGAAAACCCUAUAUCGUGGGACCAAAACAUAGGCCUGUUUUCAAAAACUCAUGAAAUGAAAAAAGACAUUAAGAAAGAGAAAAAGGAGAAGGUCAGUCUUUUUGAAAGAGUCACUGGGAAAAAAGAUAGUAAGCGGUCAGAAAGACUUAGCAAUGGAGGAUCAGAUGGCUCCACUGACUUGAAAUCACCUAGUGUAUUUGGUGAAAAUCAUCAAGGCAGUUUUGAUUUUGAUCUGACUAAUCCCUUUACAAGCAGCUUCAAGGCGACAAAUGCACUGUCAUCUUCUAGUUCUAAUGUGAAUCCUUCAAAAACUGAAGAUCUCAGGAAAGCAGCGGAUGGAAAUCCUUUUGAUGCCACUGCAGGGUAUCGUAAUCUUACAUAUGAAGAGGUGUUACAGGAAUUAGUGAAACAUAAAGAACAACUGAAGAAAAAGGACACCCACAUUCGUGAACUUGAGGACUACAUUGACAAUCUUCUUGUACGAGUAAUGGAAGAAACUCCCAGUAUUCUCCGAGUGCCAUAUGAACCUUCUCGACGAGCUGGCAAAUUUUCCAAAAGCUGAGGCCCCUGCCACCACCCCAUGGCAUUUCUUUCAAGAGUAAUGGGAUAGACAGCCUAUUGAUACCUUAAUUUCUAUUAUCCCCUCAUUUUUUCCUGAAAGGUUGACUCUAAAUAUCAGCAAGUUUUGUACAAACCUGUAUGUGAACUUCAUAAUAUUUGCAAAAAUAAACUAGGUUCUGUUUGCCAUAUAAUAUUCCUAUUACAUUAAACAUUUACACAAGGAUAAUUUUUAUAUCAUAGCUAAUGUAUACAAUUGUACACAUAGGAUUCCAUACACUUGAAUAUUUACUUUGCACUUCAGUCAGUCUCUGAUACAGCAUGCUGUCAAUGUGGAUGCGCACAAGCAGGUUUACAAAGCUAAACAUGAAGAAAAAUGUGAUAAUAUGAGAGUUAUUAACAUGUCAUUGAUAGCCAUCAAACCACACUUAAUAAAGAGGAAGCUUCAUACCAUGUGUUUGCCAUAUUGGUUUAAAGUGGAAUUCAUUUGAAACAUUUAAAUUGCUAUCUCUGAACCUAUUGCUAUCCUUAGGAAUUUGGGCUUUCCAAAUGGCAACAUAGCAAGAUAUUAAAAUUGUCUGGAAUAUAACAAAUUGUAUAUGUUGCAUAUAGGAACAUCAUACCACUUAUUUAAACAUACAAGCAUACCUUAAGGUUGAGCAAGUGAAACAAAAGUAAUACCUCAUGUGUUUAAUGUCUAUGUGAAUUAAGGUCAGUACAGCUGACUGACAGUAAUGUUUUGAAGAAUCAAUGUGUGUCAUUGUAUGUAUCUUUUCCUGGUUUUUGCCAAACUGGGAAAGAAAAUGCAAAUUGUAUACUCGUUUGUUUUUGCCAAUAAGGAUGAUUACUGUUUUAAAGAAGCAGUUUCAACCCCCCCCCCCACUAUACUCCUUGUCAGAUAUCAAAUAGUGUCCUUUAUGUAAGCGUUGUGGAUGUAUUUGGUUAAACACAUCUCAGAUUGAGUAAUACUUGCAUAUAGUGUUUUGUCCACCUCUCAGAGUGGUAAAUGCAAUUUCUAAUGGGAAACAUGCUUCAUACCAAUUAAAAAAAUUAUAGUAUUGUAAUUUGCAUUAUACAGUUCUUAAUAGAGCGUUUGCUAGAUGAAGUAUGGAAUAGGUUUCCACAAGGCAAGGACAAUGGAGUGUUAAAAAGUAGGACCCCUUUGUGCUAAUGUUUGCAAAAUGCUAAUGUUUGCAGAAUCCUACAAUGAAUAAUUUUUCUAAGAAAAAAAUGAAUAAAACUUACUUUCAUCUUUUUACAAAUAAAUUUUUGUAAAUGCCCCUAGUUCAGGUAGUUCAUAGAUGUAUGCUUUAAGCCCUUUCUUUCAGCCAUGUUCCCAUUUGCAGAGACAACCAUACUAGAAUAUCUGAAACCUCCCCUGCACAAAGGAACACCAGCUUUUUGUGAGGCAGGAGAGAUGCAGAUUCUGGAACAACAACAAAAGAAUACAAUAUCUCAGGAGGUUUCUCUGUUAUCUUCCUAGUGGCAGCAGAGAAAGGGAUGAUGCAGCAAAAAUGCACAGACAUUGUAUAUCCAAGGUCUUCAGGGUGAGUCUUGCAUGAGGAUAGCUACCAAAGAACUCUGCAAGGAGUUACAGGUGUAGUUGAAGUUUUGCACUAUAGAAAGUAACCACUUUGGAUCAACUGCUCAUGCUGGUUGGCAGCCCCCCACGACAAUAAUUUUCUUUCAGCAAGCCCCCAUGCACCAUCCGCUUGUUACAAAUGGGGGACAUUGCCACUACAUAAUCUCUUUAAUCCCAGCAACCUGUUGACUCCAGUUUAGCUGCACUCAUGCACGUUUGUAAGAUGCCUGCAGUGACAAAGAAUAGCUUGUACUGGAGUACUGUUUUGGAGUGCUCAGGGGAGAGGACUGUGAUUGGCUGCAUAUUUAGUCAACAUUCUAAACUGUGAAAGGCUAGGGGACUCAGUAACUAUUUUUAAAACUAUGUCAGGGUUAUCACUGGUGUAAUGUUAUGCUGGCACCAGGAACAGGAGUUUAGUGAAUAAUUUCUGGUCUGUCCCCAAUUCUGCCAUUUCUCAUUUGGCUUGGAUUUAUAUCAGCUUGUCUGAUGUGGCUUAGUGCCAACAUAUUUUCAAGAUACCCCCGUGUAGACCUUUGUCCCUGUUACAGGAUGUUCAUAGUCAGGACUUAAGAUGGUGCCAUUAAUCCAAUUCCAAGUCUUCAUUGUUUUACUUUAUUCUACUAUAUGCAAGUGCCAAAUGAUGCAUUCUAAUCCGUUCUUUGUAAUUUUGGCUUUCUGCAUUUGAAAUAGAUGUGUACCUUCACUGUUUAUACCACAUUGAAUUUUUAAAAAGUAUGAAACUUUCAAAGCUUGCAAAUGUUUCAGCAUACUAAUGAAUUCUGUCCAUGAUGUUGGAAGUCAUUGGGUGAUUGAUAAUAAACUUGAACUUGCAUUAUGUGCAAGUUCAUCAGACCUCUUCAAUGAGUUGCUAAAGUAAAAUAGGAGCAUAAACCAUAGAAUGCUUAAGCUUAUAUUGUUAGAAAUAUUUAUUCUCUAUUACCUUUAAAAUGAUACUCAACUCUUAAUGUGAAUUAUCAAAGUACAUAGUGGACUAUACAAAUUUUAGUACACAGCAGAGGCAGUAAGAACUUGAUGAUAGUGUAUGUGGUGUGUGUAUAGAUUACAUUAGCUGAAAAACUUCUGUAUCCUCUCUGAUCUACAAGUGAGCAUCUUAUUUGACACUUAAUUGCAAACAUCAGGAAGACAGAUGUACCUUAGAAAAGGUGUAGUUUCUAAAAUAGGCACAGUGCAUUGUUUAUAAACAAAUGUAUAAUUUGUGUCUAAAGACAGCUAUUUGAAGUAAGUUUUCUCUCUGACCAGCUUCUACAUCAUCAAGCAGGCAUGCAACUGCCUUUUACAACAGUACACUUUUAGGAGCAACAACCAAGGCCCAGCUAUAGUUGAGAUAAGAGCCUCUGUGUAUGAUAGUAGUGCAUCACUUCACCCACAUACAGGGACACUUCUCUUAGAGUCCAGUCUCAGUGGGAUCACUCUGCUGUUUUAGAAUGUUCAGUCUCACUGUGUCUCGUUAAACUACAUGCAAUAUUCAUCUUAGAAUAAGUGUUGUCCACUAGAACAUUGUAUAAUUACUUUCAGUGUAAAAUAGCUUCUGUAGAGUAGUUUAGGAGCUGGAAAAAUCCAUCCUCUCAGGACCCGCAUUGUUCAUCCCCCAGAUGGGUGAUGCUGGGAAUGCACAUGUUUCACACAUUCUUUACAGAGCUUUCUUGUUAGCAUGAAGGGCUUAUCAGCAGACAUUUUGAAAUGUUCCUUUUGAAGCCACACCACCUACCAGCAGAAUAUUUAGUACUUUUUGUAAAGCACAUGAAGUCAUGUUUAGGGUUGUAAAUAUCAGGUGAAAAGUUUAUUGCCAUCAAAGAGAAUGUUUAAUAUUUAUAUUGCUUUUGCUGUUGUGUUUUUUAUGUUGAGCUUGAUUGCCACUUACCAAUGAAUGUAGAAUUAUCUAUAGAUGAAGUUUAGCUACAUCUAAUGUCAGCUGUAAAUCAAGGGCUAUUUGUAAUGGUCCAGCUCUGACAGUGUUGCCUUGUAUUUGAAGGUUUUAUGAAUGUGUCCACUUUCUCCAUUAAACACAGUAGUAAUCAGUUCACUCCUUUCUAGCCCCCAUUAUCUUUACUCAGUUAAAAUAUUUUUAAAAGCAUAUUGUCUUUACUUCUGCACUAAAAUAUUAUUCACAACCAUCUCUCUUAGAGAUUAACAUAGAUUAUAUUCUCCCAGAAAUGGAAGUCAUAGCCCCCCUAACUGUUGUAGAAAUAGUACAUGAACUUGUAUGUGUUUUAAAAUAGGCUUAAUAAACACCUACUUCUUGCUCUCUCGAAAGCAACUAAUGACUGAUUACAGAACUGCUCAAUUAAAAGGGCUUCUAAUUCUGUCGAAAGUACUUAUUUCAGGUAUUCAAAGGGCUGAUUUCCAGAAGUACAAGAAGCAUGUUGGUGCAGUAACAUGGCUCGCACUUCUGAAUCCCCACUCUGUGUAUCUAAAUUGAUUCUAAAUGUAAUAAUGGUUUACUGGCAGUAUUGAAUAUACAUCAGUAUUGUUCUUUUAAGUGGCUUAGGGUUCUUUUAAAAAGGUUUUCAGCUUCAUUUAUGCCAAGUAAUGGUCAAAGCUACACAUUCUGCUAGUGUUCUGUGACUGAUAAUGCAAUCUUAAUUUUCAGUGGGCUUGGAAGGGUGUAACUGCUUAGGCAUCUCCUGACUUGUGCUUUAAUCUUACCAAGCACCCUUGAGAGUGUCUGGUCUGCAUGAAGGCUGUAGUGGUGGGGUACAGUAGAGAUGGGGUUAACUUCCUCUCCAUAGGAUUUCUCUAAUAUUUAGAGAGUAGACACACAAACUACCACCUCUUAGGGGGAAAAGACAGGUAUGAUAUACAGGAAUGAUCUCCUUACUGGAGCUAUAAACAGCUUGGGGCUCAGCCAGUUUCUAUCAGACAAACAAUGAAUACAGGAGGAGGAGGUAAACUCUUCUUAUGCCUACACUGCAACUGUAGUUCAGGUGUGAACUUCAUGGGAAUUCUAAUUUUGACUCUAAGGUGUAAUUUGAUGCUAACAAUGCCAGAAGCUUUGUUGGCCCUCAUUUGAGAUUUUCGAAUAUGCCAUUUCAAUCUUGCACAUGAUGUAACUGCUUUGUUCAGCUUAGAUCUUUCCACACUGGUAUAUUUAUUUUGGUACAAUAUAAUGCUGUAGAAUCAUAUAGCAAGUCUAUAAAAGAUACGAGCAUGUCUUGGCAAAUGAGGGUUUGUAUUUUUGUGCAAUGAUUGAUUAAAUGUGUAUUGGCCACAGGAAGUCACAUGUUUAAGACCUAUGUGGCAUUUAUGUAUGUAGAAUGAUGAAAAGCAUGCCAUGUCAUUUGAGGUUGCAUUUGUAGUCCUAAACAUUUCUUACUUGAUCAGAUCUGUAAUCUUAAUUUUAGAAUUUCCCCAGUUGUUGUUGCACGUCAGACACCAAUAAAAUGCCAUUGUGCACUCCA